UCUUUGUCAUAACAUCCUGUAUGUAACUUCGUUGUACAAAAAGCAGGCAGGAACAUACACAGACAGCCACAUCGAAGGGGAACAAAACCGAUUUUAAGGUACCUUCUGAAAAUAAAGCCUUCUGAAAAUGUAGUGCUUUGUAAACCUAAAAUGUUUAAGAAUUUCAUGUUUGUAGGACUGCAGGGAAAAGGAAAGUUAGAGAAAAAAUAGGGAAAAAUAAACAGAAGCGGCAGAAAGACAAAAUAAAACAAAGCAUUCUGGUUAAUGAGUAACGGCCAGCAACUUGGUCUCAAAGGUCUUCCCCGCCCUGUUGAUAAGCUUGCUGGGAAAAAAUUAUCUUUGCAGACAGAAGCAAGAACAAAGGAGAGAAAUGAACAAAUAAGAGAAUUAAAGUCCGGAAGAAAAGAGAAGGAAGAUUACUGUUCCUCACUGGUUCUCCGGUUGUCUGACCCCACCUCUGCUGGCCCCAACGAUCAUGGGAAAGCCGGAGGUCAACCCGGGACCCCUGGCUCGGAGGCCUGAUAACUCAGCCUUCAAACAGCAGAGGCUGCCGGCCUGGUCACCCAUGUUGACCGCUAACACCGUCCUGCCCUUCUUCUACGGCAUGGCGGUUGUGUGUAUCCUUCUGGGCGUCUGGCUGCUGAUCACCGUGAACAACACACACCAACACAAGGUGGACUACACCCAAGGGUCAUGUGAUGAGUGUUUUGAGAUGCGUAAGGAUCGUACCAAGGCAGACCAGAGAUGCAACUGCACCGUGGGGUUUCGCAUCCACGAUGCGUUCAAGGGGGACGUGUUCUUCUACUACGGCCUGAUUAACUUCCACCAGAACCUCCGGCAGUACAUGGACUCCCGCGAUGAUGGGCAGAUGACAGGGAGGAAGGCACAUCUCAAGAAUCCCAGCCCUUACUGCAAACCCUUCGUCGCUGACCAGAAUGGACUCCCUAUCGCCCCCUGUGGGGCUGUGGCCAACAGCAUAUUUAACGACUCCUUCACUCUGUUUUACACAGGAGAGGGGUCUCCCAAGGUCCAGGUUCCUCUCUUCAGGAAGGGCAUCGCCUGGUACACUGACAAGAAUGUCAAGUUCCGCAACCCACAGGUUGACAACAAGACACAAACCUUAGCCCAGGUGUUUGAAGGGACGACCCGGCCUCUGUUCUGGCAAAAGCCUGUUUAUGACCUUGACCCCAGGGACCCAAACAAUAAUGGUUUCAUCAAUGAGGACCUGAUCGUGUGGAUGAGGGAGGCUGCCUUUCCCAACUUCAAGAAGUUGUAUGGGGUUCUGGACCGAACUAGAAAACCUUUCAAAGAGGGUCUGCCCUCUGGGAACUACAGCAUCCAGAUCUUCUACAACUUCCCAGUCCAGUACUUCAGAGGAGGAAAGGAAGUUAUUCUGUCCACCAUCAGCUGGUUUGGGGGUCAGAACAGGUUCCUGCCCAUAGCCUACCUGGUCACCGGCAGUCUCAUCCUGCUCCUCGCCAUCCUCCUCACCGCCGUCUGGUGGAAGUUUGGCAAGAACGGACAGAAUAUGGAGGAGUGAUGAAGAAGAGUUGGCCAAGAAAAAUUUAAUGAAUGUCUUUUCUUGAUAAUUGUAUUAUUUGAGAUUCCAAAUAGUGUAAAAAAAGGUGAAUAAUUAUUUAUCAUCACGAUGUCUAAGGCUCUAAAUAUACAUUGUUCUAUAUGUGAGAUGUGGUUUGUUAUUGGUGUUGAAUGUUUGUUCUGAAAUCACCACAUGGGGGCAGCAGUGAGGCCACAUGAAGUGACACUAUAAGACACUGUUUUCAGUUGUGAUUAAAUAUCAAUGCAGCAGUGAUCCCUAAAAUAGUCAUUCAGAAUGUAUGAUAGGGAAGGUAAUGUCAAUGUUGAUUUUAUUGUUUUCUUUUUAUGAUAGGGAAGGUAAUGUCAAUGUUGAUUUUAUUGUUUUCUUUUUACUGUUGAUUGUGUCAAUGUGUUGUGUAUUAAAAAAGAAACACAAUCA